AUGUCGUCCCUAAACGUCUAUGAGAGAAGAAGAAAGAUGGACCUAAGUGACAAUCAAUGGCUCCCAACCACCCCGACAAAGUCCACUCCCUUGUCCCAUAUCUGUGAUGAAUCCAUAGUCAUUUCGACUUCACUGGGCGGAGAUAAUGAAAUUGCAGCUAAAAGGUCUACUUUUGCAGACUCGGUGCCUGAUCAGGAAUCAGCAGCUAUUAACAAAAUGGCUCCGUCAUCCCAAAGUUGCGAUCUUGAUGAUAAAUUUGUUCCAAGCUUUGGCGUCUCAACCCCUGGAAAGCCGAUUCCCCUGGGACCCAAUUCUCAUGUUUCUGUUGAGUCAUCAGUCUUCGCACCUCCACGGGAAGGUGACCUUGAAACUGUGACUGAAAGGGCUGAUACGGCAGACCCAACCCAUGACCAAGAAUCAAAAACCACAGUUAUUGACAAAGAUGCAGGUCAUGAUAUUACUGCCAAACUUACUGAAUCUACGCCCAUCCUUGGCACCUCUACCCCUGCUACAAAAGAUAGGAAAAGAAAGGCCAAUCAACAAAAUAAUGUUGCAACACUACAGAAGAAGAAGAAGAAGGUGUAUUGGCCUAAAGUGCAAGGCCAAACGAAACGGAAGACAACACCUAAAGUGCCCCAUGAAAGCAAGACUAAGGGAAGGCGUGUUUCUAAGGUGAAUGGUGACAAUGGUAAAUAUAAAAGGACUUCGAAAUCAAAGUCAGCGAAGAAAUCAAAAGAGAGUGCUUCAAAAGUGGAUGAGGGCAGAUUUGACAUGUUCUACUGUGAAGCGCAGUAUAAUAUAGAGAAGCAUGAAGUUCAAAAUGAAUGGUUUUCUACACUAAGAGAGCAUAUCAUGUCAGAAAAGACUCUCUCACGUUCCAAAAGAAAACCAUCUAAGCGUUCUUUGACAUUUGAACUGGAAGAAAAUUUUGAAGAUCCUAUACAUAUGCAGAAUGAGCUUGAUGAAUUGGGUUUUAAAGGUGAUUCUUUACACAUAUUGAAGAAGAAAAUACCUCAAAAGAGAAUGAAUCUGAAUUGUCCUUUACUUGUUAGAAUUAGGAGAAUGAAAUUCAAUUUUCCUACGCAAAAGCGAUCAGAAAGUCAAAAGAGAAAAAGGAUCCGGGAAUUGAAAUUACCAUUUCAGUACAUCAAAAAGCGAAAGAGAUCAAAUAAUCGUAGGAGAAAAAUCAACUUAUGUGGCAUUGUAAUUUGCAAUCAAAUUUCUUUGCCCAAUCAAGGAGUUGAUGAAGGAAAAACAGAAAACUUGGGAUUGGAAGGAGAUAAAUUUGAGUGGAAGACAAAAGGGAAGAGGGCCAUAGAGAGAAAGAAAGCAAAGUCAACCAACUUUACAAUAGACAAAAUCCCAAAGCAAGAAUUUGGGAAUUGGGAAACAAGAGAGGGAAGUAAGGCCCUAUGUACUAUAUGCAACUUUGUGAAGUGUCCUUUAGAUGAAGACAAUGAGAGCGAGAAUGAAGUGAGAGAUGAAAGGAAAGGAAAAGCAAGAAGAACAAGAAAAAGUGUGUCAAGUAAGGAAAUGAAGGUUCUCAUCAAGAAAUUCCAAUCUUUGAGCAUCAAUUAUGGGAAUAAAGAAAAGAAAGGAGCUUCUUACAAGAAUCAAGAGAGAAGGUUAAUUUCUUAUAAAGGAUCAAGAGAAGGUUGGCCAAUAAAAGUCAAUGUGAACAAUACUGAGUUGGUUUCUUACAAAAUCAAGAAGGCGAGUAAUAGAUCUUUCUCGUCAUGGAAAGGUUCUGUUUUAGAUUCUGUCAUUGGAGUUUCAACUCUUAUUGUCAACAGCUCUGCCUACAUGUCUCUUGCAUCUACCUUUCCAAUCAAAACUUCUGAAGAAAGAAAAGGCAAUUUACCUCUAUUGAAACUUGAAAAUUCCUCAUCAGAAGCUAGUUUAAAUUUGGGGAAUAAAAGACUAUACUCUCCGGGUAUGGUUUUUGGGAAGAAAAAACCCACUUCUACGAGGAAAAAAGGUGAUCAAGCAGAGCAAGAGAGAAAGAAGAAGGAAGAAGAACAAGCUGAGGAACAAGACAAGCAAUAUUGGGAAUCAUUGAGAAGAAGAUAUAUACAAAACUGCACUCCACGAAGCGGUGAUCAUGCUGACUCAGUUGAUUGGGAAGCAGUGAGAUGUGCAGACGUCAAUAAAGUUGCUAAAGCUAUUGAAGGUCGUGGUCAACACAACAUUAUUGCUCAAAGAAUACAGGCUUUACUCAACAAGUUGGUAGAAAUGCAUGGGAGUAUUGAUCUUGAAUGGUUAAGAUAUGCUCCACCCUACGAAGUAAAGGAGUAUCUUCUAAAAGUAUAUGGUUUGGGAUUGAAAAGUGUGGAAUGCAUAAGACUUUUAGCACUUAAGCAAAUUGCUUUCCCGGUGGAUGUAAAUGUUGGAAGAAUAGCAGUGCGAUUGGGAUGGGUUCCCCUUGAACCAUUACCUGGCUCAAUUCAAUUCCAUCUGUUAGAUCAGUAUCCCAUAAUUGACAUGGUACAACAAUAUCUUUGGCCACGAUUAUGUACCCUUGACCAGCCGACAUUGUAUCAGUUACAUUAUCAUCUCAUCACAUUUGGAAAGGUAUUUUGCACCAAGAAACAACCAAACUGCAAAGCUUGUCCAAUGAGAGGAGAAUGUAAACAUUUUGCAAGUGCUUCUGCAAGUCCAACGUUUGCCCUUCCUGGAAACGAUGCCGAAGGAAGGCCAAAUAAUAGUUCAGAGAGAUCCGAUGUUGCUGCUAAACAUUUGGAAGGUUUCAGUGAUCCGUUAAUUGUUUCUAAUGUGAAAGACACAUCAACCACCAACACAAAGGAGUGUGAACCCAUUGUUGAUUACCCUGCCUCACCCAUUGCUGAAAAUACCCAGGCUGAAAUAGUAGAUAUAGAGGACCUUUGCAAGGGUGAUGAUGACCCUGAGGAAUUUAUCACAAUAAAGCUCAAUGAAGAGCGUUUGAAUUACUUUGAACGAAGUGAGAUGGAGAAUUCAAAUGUUGUGGUUGCUUAUAAUCCAAACAGGGGAAAAUCUAUGCCAAAGAUGAAAAGUGUCAGUCGUUUAAGGACUGAGCGUAUGGUUUAUGUGCUUCCUGAUACGCAUCCUCUCUUAGCUGAGUUCCCAGUGAGAGAAAUUGAUGAUCCUUCAAACUAUCUUCUUGUUAUGUGGACACCAGGAGAAUUAAAAGAACCAUGUGAGGCAACAACUCAGAACCAGUGCAGUUGCUCCAACAACAACUGCUUCUUUUGCAAUAAUAUCAAGGAAGCGAACAACCAGACAGUACCAGGAACUAUUUUGGUACCUUGUCGGACUGCAACGAACGGGAGAUUUCCACUGAAUGGAACUUACUUUCAAGUUAACGAGGUAUUUGCUGAUGCCGCUUCCAGCCAACACCCAAUCGAUGUUCCUACGAAGUGGCUCUGGAAUCUUCCAACUCGAAUUGCAUAUUUCGGGACUUCAACCUCCACAAUAUUCAGAGGUUUGCCCUUGGAAGAAAUUCAAGAAUGUUUUUGGAGAGGGUAUGUUUGUGUGAGAGCAACUGAUCGGAAAACAGGAGCUCCCAGGCCAUUACCAGACAGAUUUCACUGCAAAACAGCAGACCAGCAAAUAAUGAAGAAGAAGAAAAAGCAGAGAAAUAAUGAAGAUUUGAAAGGUAAUGAAUCUGUAAAUGGGUGAUUAAUUAGCGCUAUGGGCGCAUGUGUUGUGAAUCAAGCAUCAUGCUGUCUCUGAUCUUGAGUUCAGGUCUUUCAUUUAACUCUGGGGCUAUGGGGUUUCGGACUAUGCUAGGCCCUUCCAU